AUGUAAAAUGAAAAUACUCUAAUUCACUAUUUAAAUCUAAAAAGCCCUAGAAAUAUUCGAUCUAAUUCAAAUAAGAUAACAAAUAUAACCUAAUAACAAAGAAUUGAAAUUUCAAAAAGAUUUUAGUUGAUGGUAAGCAAAAAUAGUAUUAAGCCAUAAAAUAUUAAUCCUUUAUAUCCCAAUCUUACCGAAAGAGUUGAAAAUUAAGUAUAAAGAAAUCUUUUAUCUACAAGAACUACUUAGAGAGAUGCUCAUUCACAAGUUAAAGCAUCUCAUCUAAUCUCAAGAUUUCGAUUAAGAAUAUCUAAAUCUAUUGAAAAAUACAUAAAUAAAUAAGAAAAUCAAACGCUAAUAAAAAUUCUAAGUUAUAAAGAAAUGGAUGCUUAAGUAUUGACUCCAAGAUAACUCACAUUGGAAGCAAGAAUUAAAAAUAGGAAUGAAAAUUAUUCAGUAUUUUAUAGAAAAAUUAAAAGAGUUUAAAGUGAUCAUUAAGAUUAGUAAACCACAAAUAUAAUCAAUAAUAACAAAACUGUACAUAAACCUUUGUCUUAUUACUUUUCAAGUCAUGCAUGCAAAAUAAAAUGA